UUUGCUCUCAACACGCUGUUCAUCGGAAUAAGCUUUACAGUGUGUGCUUACAAGCAUCGCGAACAGUCAACGUAACUGGCAUGCAAGCAGAGGCACUCACAAUCAUACUAGUCUUUAUUUUAGGCGAUAUCAUGAUUUUCGCAGCUGGUGUGAAUAUCAAACAGUUCGUCAACCAGUUUGAACUACUAUGGACGUACAAAACAACUAACAGAGCACCAAUCAUGUGCGAGGUAGACCACCUUCUAUCUAUCAGACCUAUGUCAAUUACAUUCAAGAGGUCUAUGCUCAUUAAAGGAAGUAGAUGCGACUUUCGAAUACUUGGAGUAUUUGAUAAAGAACACAAGGAUCGGAUGAGUCUCAUUUACAAAGACAAAUUCCAAAGAGUUGAAAAUGCCCUCUUUGUGGCAGUUGGUCAUUCUUGCGCUGUUUUCAAGGUCGAGUCACUGAGAGACUGUACGUGCUCUAAAUUCAUUCUCACGAUGAAAAAACCGAUGUCAUUAUUCACUUUAAUGGAGUGUAAUUCAAGAACAAAUACAAGUUCCACCUACAAAAAUAACGGUCUCUGGCCGAGAAAAUCAACCGGCUUCGUGCACGACUCUGCUGAUCCGGGUAUGGUAGUCAAUGAAGAAAGCCGCGAAGAGCUAGACAGCCGCUAUGUGAGCAUCAUGCCAGCUGAUAUGUUCUUGGGUGAGCACUUCACGAUGAACAGCGAUGUUGCCGUGGCCGGUACAGUGACCGGCAGCGAUAUCGUCACCGAAGUCUUGAAGGCUCAGGGUAAUCGGCUGACGAGGACGUAA